AUGAUUGGUAAAGAGCAGGUCGACAUUGUGCCUCUCCAGGAGAGUACCAGUGAGCAGUAUAAAGGGGAAACUAUGGCAAAGGCACAAUGGUCCAACAAGUUCCAGAGUACCAUUGCUCUUCUGGGCUAUUCAGUGGGUCUGCCAAACCUGUGGCGGUUCCCUUAUGUCUGUCAAAGAAACGGUGGAGGUGCGUUUCUCAUCCCCCACAUGUUCUUCACCAUCAUCGUGGCCAUUCCACUGUUCUUCUUGGAGGCGUCUCUUGGUCAAUUUUCCCGUCAAGGUCCAAUUGGAGUGUGGGCGAUGUGUCCACUGAUGAAAGGUAUUGGAAUUUGUAUCAUGACUCUCAGCUGCAACUGCAUCCCGUACCUCAGCAUGUUGUUAGCCUGGGCCCUCUACUACUUCUACAGCUCAUUCUCCACCGUCCUGCCCUGGACCACCUGUGGCAACUCAUGGAACACACCCCAGUGUGUGGCUGUUGGUGAUUUAAGACGUGGCGCGAACGUAUCGGCAGAUGUAGGUGCCAUCAGCAUAAACAGAUCAGCAUCAGCUCUCACAGACACGUAUGGUGACGCCAAUGUAUCCCAUGACCAUGGGUUGAUCACGGUACUUGGACAUACAGCAGCAGAGGAAUUCUGGCACAUUGUUCAAAGCUUCUUGUACUUCGACUUUCUCAAGGGGCUGUCCUUUGCCUAUGUUCUGUUGCACACUGUACGCAGAAACAAUGAGGACGUUGCCCAACACAGAGAUUCUUUCCUAAUCCCUCUGAUAGCGGAGUUGACAAGUGUGUUUUCCGGGUUUGUGGUAUUUGCGACUGUGGGUUUCCUGGCGCAUGACCUAGGACGACCGGUAGCUGAUGUCAUCACCUCAGGUCCUGGCAUUGGGUUCAUCGUGUACCCAGAGGCAGUGUCGCUGCUGCCGGCCUCCCAGCUGUGGUCCCUGCUCUUCUUCCUGGUGGUCCUCAUGAUGGGCAUCGAUUCAAUGGCAGGAGUGUACAUAUUCCAGUUGUGUGAUUGGUAUGUUGGUGCCGUUGGCUGUUUUGUCGUCGGAACGAUGGAAUGUCUGGUUGUGGGCUGGUGCUAUGGUAGGUUGGGUAUGCGUGUACCCUGA